ACCGUUCUACAACAAAUAACAAGCCUUUACGCGAGAUGGCGGACUGACAAAACUUGCUGGUUAUGGAGGGAAGAGGCAAGGCACUAUUCUCAAUGGUACAGACAGGAAGAAAGAGAGAUAAAGUCUUCAGUCGACGCUAGAGCUUUGCAGCUGUGGCCUGUGAUGUUGGAUCACUGUUUGACUGUGCAACUUGUAGUGAACAAUACGAUGGUGCGACCAAGGAUAUACCCUUCUAUAAAACUGUUGGGGCUGUAAGACAAAGCAUGCCAAAGUAGGAUCCAGUCCCUACAAUCUUUGAGACAACUGAGAGGUAACAAUCCAAGAUUAAACAACCUCACUCGUUUGAAAUGACUGAAAAUAUUUGAUCAAUGGUACGUGAAUUGGAUGACCUUGGUAAUGAAGAACCACAGAUCGUUAAAGCAGACGCAUCCACCAAUGAUACGAUGCCUUUAUCGAUCCAACCAGAAAUUUGAGCUCUCAAAAUUUGGUUCCCACAUCAAUCACAACAGAACAUAAUACUCAAAUUGCUACGGAUUUAUUUUCGACCCAUCAGAAAAAAAAUAUUUCAGACAUCCUUCCCAAAUCGAUUCAAACACCUGUGGUCACUUCAGUUGUGAUGGCAGAAAUCAGUUUCAAGAGUUCAAAACAAAGAAGGCAAAGUUCACAAAAGAGAGAAAUGUGCUUUUCAAAACCAAUGAAAAGAGACCGAUUUUCAGACAUUGUUCGAUCUGAUGUGACAUUGCUGCAAGAACGUUCUCUCCUAGUUGAGCCUGAAGAUCUCGAGCAGUUGACUUACAAUGAUGUAGCACAAAUCUCUAGAAAUCGGACAGAUCUAAACAAUUAUAUAGCAAAAGUAAGGUUGAAUAUGAAAUCAUUGCAACAACGCAACAAACGCCUGGAGCAACGUGCAACUGAUCUCAAAUCAAUUGUUGCAUUCUUGAAGAAUAGGAUCGUGGCAAAAGAUUCUGCAGCUUUCAAGAUGAAUGCACCUAUUGAUAUGCGCACAGUGACUGGAACACCUCUUGGGAAAGACGAUCUACAACGAGCAACUGACCCAUUGAUGGAUCAUGAUUAUAUUCCUUCUGCAAAUCGGUCACUGAUUAACAUCCUGAGAAGACCAUGAUGUGUCGUUCAGAUUAUUCAUUUUUGUAUCAUCAUUGUGUGAAUUACCUUGACCUACUAAACGUUGAGAGUUUUGUUUUGCUACUGUAGGUAAGUGGACAAAUGUAAUGACCAUUUGAUAAUGUUAUACAGUUUUAUGUUGUCGGCGCUCUCAAAUUACUACGAUAGAAGCUCCUUAUUCUCUAGCUACAUAAGUAAAUAGAUUGAAUAUGCGAAUGCAUAUGAUAUUGAUCGAAAAUUUGGAAAUUCUCUCGUCGUUAAGAGUUUGAUACUGGGUAUUUAAUUUUUUGGCGGGUUUACAUUAACUUUUUGGUGUGGCCGUUUUUUGGCAAUAAAUAACGCGUCAGACGUGGUCGACUAGCACUCAUGAAAGCGUUAUCCGGCAAGUCAGCUCACCGAAGGUAGAAUUUCUGAUGGUUGUUGUCAGAAGAUGGAAUCACUGAAUCAAUAAAGAAUCAUCAAAAAAAACAA